AUGGUCAAGAUACGUGGCAAGAGCUGGACGUUCGCCGCUGUGGCCUUGCUCACGAUUCUCUUCUAUCACAAUCUACUUAGAAUUUAUUAUGUGAGCAAGAUCAAUGACCUCCGGAACAACAUUCUUCGCCUUUCCAAGAAGCAAGCAAUAGAUGCUGGGUUUGCAUACGUGUUUUACGCAACAUCUGUCUCGUAUGCCUGCUCUGCCCUUGUUAACAUCCACCAACUGCAAGCUAGGAGCAGCACAGUUCCUAUCCAUGUGCUUGCCUCUGAGAAAGUACCACAAGUCUACAUCGAUGCUUUUGCUGCCGCCGGGGCAACAGUACAUGUGGAAAAGACGCCAGAGUUACGGCUGCAGCUCGGCCACUAUUAUCAAGACUGUCUUUUAAAAUUGGUUGUCUUCAAGAUGCACAAACUGGACCACAGUCUGAACCGAGUGCUCCUCGUCGACAGCGAUCAACUCAUUCUAAGGCACUUCGACAAUCUCUUUUCCGACAUACCCCAAGUGGACCUCGCUGCGCCUCGGGCUUAUUGGCUAUCACCAGAGGAGGCGGUAUUUUCAAGCGCAUUCAUGUUGAUUAAUUUGAGCGACCGGCUCUGGGACAAAGUGAACAACACAUUACCGACUGAUGAAGACUCUGUCCAAGCGGAACCAAAGUGGGAUAUGGACAUUCUGAACGACGAAUUGGGAAGUACGGCCAUGAUCCUUAAUGGUGAAUAUGUGACUUUGAACAGUCAUUGGGAGGCCUGGGACCUACCAAAUUGGUAUCAUCCAGAAGACACACAACACGCCAGACAUGAUCAUUCAAUUCUUUCGCGCCCAAAAAUGGCUAACAAGUUAGGGCUACCAAUCGAAACGGGCUCUGGCCCACUGGACGACGAUCAGGUGCCUCUGGCCUCUAUGAAAGCUGAAAUGGCGUUUUCGGAGGAAAGUGACAUAUACAAGCAACUUGUGGAACUUUACGAUUAUACCUCCAUAAUCCAUUUCACCGCUCUCGGAAAGCCAUGGAUGUACUCCGCCCAGGACGUUACACAGCUGCGGGAAAGAGCCCAUCCCGGACUCGCACAUCAAUUCGGUGUAUGGAGAGACAUUGCCGAGCAAAUGUGCCCUGAAGGAUAUUUGGUUUCGCAGUAG